CUCUCCUUUUUUUUUUUUUUAGGUUUUUUAAGCUUUUCGCUAAUAAUUUUUAGCGAUCCAAAUUUACAAAAAUUCCAAUAAAAAGAUUAAUCAAUUUUUAUUAUUAAAAAAAUUAAUCAUUAAUUGCUCUAGGGUUUCUUGAUCUAGGGUUUAUCUAGUUUAUUUUUGUUUAUAUCCUCUAAUUCGUCGCUGAAAAGAUUAGGGAAUUGAAGAAAGGGUUUUCGAGAUUCGAGGAACAGCGAAGGAGAAGUGGCGGACUGAGUAUGGUGAUUAAACAAAUAACUGCUUUACAUUGAAAAAGGGAAGUAAGAAAAAGGGUGUUUUGGCUAAGAUGUUGGCAAAGACUGAUAGGUUUGCAGGAGGGUAUUAUUGUGGACCAUAUGAGCCUCCUGGUGAAUCAGAGGGCUCUGGUAGCUCGGGACGAGUUGAUACUGAGAUUACUGCUUCAGAAGAUUCAAGUGCCCCAACAAGGAAAUGUAUCAGUUUGAACCCUGAUAAACGUGACACUUUUGGUGUCCCUAUACAAGUGCUUUCCCUGUCAAACAUGUCACAGUCUAAAAGAAACGAUUUGAUACAUAGUUUGAGACAUGAACUGGAGCAGAUACGGAUGCUUCAGAAGAAAGUUGAGUUGCCAAGGACAAAUGGGGUUACCGUAUCAUCUUCCAGUGAUAUUCUUAGUUGUAGCAAUGGGCAGGUUUUACCUCAUGUACAGGAUAUUCAGAAGUCUGUGAUGGCUUCUGGUCCAGGGAAGAAAGGAAAUCCUCUGAGUGGCAAGGCGUGUGGGUGGAUUCGGAGUUCUUCAGGAAAAUUUAAGUCUGCAAAACAUGCUUCAGAAGCAAACACCACAAAUAUUAUCUUGAUGAAGCAGUGUGAGGGCCUGCUAAAGCGAUUGAUGGGGCAUCAGUAUGGGUGGGUCUUCAACCAACCUGUAGAUGUAGUGAAGUUGAAUAUUCCAGAUUACUUUACUGUUAUAAAGCACCCGAUGGAUCUAGGAACAAUUAAAAGGAAGAUAGCUUCAGGUGGAUAUGCAAGCCCCUUGGAGUUUUGUGCUGAUGUGAGGCUUACUUUCAGCAAUGCAAUGACCUAUAAUCCCCCUGGAAAUGAUGUCCAUGUUAUGGCUGAUACACUUAACAAGUUUUUUGAAGUGAGGUGGAAAAAUAUUGAGAAGAAGUUACCUGUUAUCGGUGCCCAGUUGGUACAAAGUAAAGCUCCUCCCGAGAACAUAGAAAUUUCUAAGGUAAUGCCUCCUGCAAAAAAGAGAAAGACAACCUCAGUGACCCAACAGGUUAUACCGGAGCCUGUAAGGAGAAUGACGGAUGAGGAAAAGCACAAUCUUGGCAGAGAACUGGAAUCUUUACUUGCGGAAAUUCCCAUGCAUAUCAUUGAUUUCUUGAGGGAGCACAGUUCAAAUGGAAGGGAAUCUGGAGAGGAAGAAAUUGAGAUUGAUAUUGACGACCUCAGUGAUGAUACCUUGUUCACAUUGCGGAAGCUUUUAGAUGAGUAUUUGCAAGAGAAACAUAAUAACCAAUCAAGAGCUGAACCUUGUGAAAUUCAGUUAUUGAAUAAAUCUGGACUGAGUUAUUCAUCCAUGCAACAAGCCAAAGGGAAUGACCUGGCUGAUGAGGAUGUUGACAUUGGGGGAAAUGAGCCUCCUGUGUCAAGUAAUCCACCUAUGGAGAUAGAGAAGGAUGCAGGCUAUAGAAGCAUAAAGUCUGUCAGUUCAGGCAGCUCUAGAGAUUCAGACUCUGGCAGUUCUGACAGUGAAUCUGGUGGUGCUAAAGCAUCAAGUCCCGUGGAUGCACUGAAGGUACUGGAAGUUGUAGAUUCCGGGGCUCAAUUAGAUGAAAAGACAAGUGUUGAUGAUUCUAUUGAUAGGAAUCAAUUUGUUAGUGGGUUCGAUCAGCUUGAGCAGACUUCUCAGCCAAAGCUUAGUUCUGUUGAGUCAGAUAGUCACCAAGACGGGGACAGUGCUCCAACUGAGAGACAGAUUUCUCCUGAGAAACUCUACAGGGCUGCUUUAUUGAAGAAUCGAUUUGCUGAUACCAUACUAAAGGCUCGAGAGAAGACACUUACUACACAGGGUGAAAAGGGGGAUCCUGAGAAAUUGCGCCGGGAGAGAGAGGAACUUGAACAGCAAAGGAAGAAAGAAAAGGCACGGUUGCAAGCAGAAGCCAAGGCUGCCGAAGAUGCUCGAAGACGAGCUGAAGCAGAAGCUGCAGCUGAGGCUAGACGGAAGAGGGAGCUUGAGAGGGAUAAGGCACGGCAGGCAUUGCUGAAGAUGGAAAAGACUGUUGAAAUCAAUGAGAAUUCUAGAUUUCUUGAGGACUUGGAAAUGCUUAGAGCUGCCCCUGCCGAGCAUUUGCCAAGCUCGGUGGAUGAAACAAGCCCAGAUCAUUCUCAGGAUGGCCUGGGUAGUUUCAAGUUUGGAAGCAGCAACCCUUUGGAACAACUGGGUUUGUACAUGAAGGAUGAUGAGGAAGAAGAAGAAGGUGAGCCGCCUAGUGUUCCAAAUCCUGUAAAUGAUGCCGAGGAGGGAGAAAUAGAUUGAACUCUGCCAGUCUAUGUGAAACUACUUUAGGGAAAAGAAUAGAAAAGAGAAUACAUUGAUGCUAUAAAAAUUUUGCCUCGGUUUUUGGGGAUUAAACUUC